CCGACUUUCUGCAGUGCGAUCACUCUCGACCCUCGCCCGAGUCGACCUCAGCAUCUAGCUCUUUCGCAGUCAAGUACAAACGCAGCUGACACGCAAUCAUGCCCGGGGACGAAACACUGCAGAAGCACGACGGCUCCGACAGCGAGGGCGAGGAGAGCGACGACGAGGAGACCUUCCCGCAGGUGGACAUCGAUCCGUCGAAAUUGACCCCGCUCUCUCCGGAGGUCAUCUCAAAACAGGCUACCAUCAACCUGGGAACAAUCGGACAUGUCGCGCACGGAAAAUCCACCGUCGUGAAAGCGAUAUCAGGUGUCAUGACUGUACGAUUCAAGAACGAAUUAGUUCGCAAUAUCACCAUUAAACUCGGAUAUGCAAAUGCGAAAAUCUACAAAUGCGAGAAUGAGGCUUGCCCGCGUCCAGGCUGCUACCGGUCAUACCGCUCGGAUAAAGAGGACAACCCACUUUGCGAGCGACCAGGAUGCGGGCACCGCAUGAAGCUCAUCCGUCAUGUCUCCUUCGUCGACUGUCCCGGACACGACAUUCUGAUGGCUACCAUGUUGAACGGCGCUGCUGUGAUGGACGCCGCGCUGCUGCUCAUUGCUGGCAAUGAGACAUGUCCCCAACCACAGACGUCGGAGCAUUUGGCCGCAGUUGAGAUCAUGAAGCUCGAAAACAUCAUCAUAUUGCAGAACAAGGUCGAUCUCAUCAAGGAGUCCCAGGCACUAGAGCACCAGAAGAGCAUCGCUGCUUUCGUCAAAGGGACCGUCGCGGAAUCAUCACCGAUUGUGCCCAUCUCUGCUCAAUUGAAGUACAACAUCGACGCCGUGAACGAGUACAUCGUCAAGCGCAUACCCAUCCCGGUCCGCGACUUCACCGCCGACCCCAAGCUGAUCGUCAUCCGUUCCUUCGACGUCAACAAGCCCGGAGCAGAGGUCGACGAGCUCAAGGGCGGCGUUGCCGGUGGUUCCAUCCUCACCGGCACUCUGCGCUUAGGUAUGGAGGUCGAGAUCCGGCCGGGCAUCGUCACGAAGGACGCGCAGGGCCGCAAUAAGUGCAAACCUAUCUUCAGCCGUAUCGUAUCGCUGCAUGCAGAGAGCAACCACCUGCAGUUCGCUGUACCCGGCGGUCUCAUCGGUGUCGGUACCCGUAUCGAUCCCACGUUGUGCCGAGCCGACCGUCUCGUCGGUCAAGUGCUCGGUGCUGUCGGCAAGCUCCCUCAGAUCUACAGCGAACUCGAAAUCAGUCUGUUCUUGCUCCGCCGCUUGCUCGGUGUCAAGACGGAAGACAAGAAGCAGACAAAGGUGUCGAAGCUCGUCAAGAACGAGCUGUUGCUCAUCAACAUCGGGUCCACGUCGACCGGUGGGCGUGUCUUGAGCGUCAAGGCGGAUCUAGCGAAGAUCCAGCUGACGUCUCCAGCGUGUACCGAGGUGGGGGAGAAGGUCGCCCUGUCGCGCCGUAUUGAGAAGCAUUGGCGGCUUGUUGGCUGGGGUAGUGUACAGCGCGGGACGGUGUUGGAGGUUGACUAACUGUCUUCCGUAUUGUAUCAUUGCUCUCGUCGACACGGAUUGCUGUCAUCAUCACACUCAGAGGUUUUGUAGCACUACAGUAGAAUGUAUCCAUCUGCAUUCGUCACGAA